AUGAUUGAAGAUAAAGAAGAAGAAGUAAGAGAGAGGAAAGCCUCACGGAAUAACAUACAUAGAGUAAGAGUUUUAAAAGGACCUGGUAGGGCAGUCCGGGCCCCACCAGGUACAAAAUACCGCGUAUAUGGACUUGCAGUGAUGUCUGGUGAAAAUAAUGCCAGUCGUUCGAACUCUACCGAAGCCACACACACUGUUUAUGUUUCUCUCCCCGAUGCGGAAGAGACAAGUGUACCGGGAACGACAUUAUCUUCCACAACUGCAGAUGUUCUUACAUCCACAACUACUGCUGCUGGUGCUGGUGGUGUUACUACUAGUGUGGCUCUUGAUGGAUUUCGAACUGUACGGGAGUAUGAUUGUAUGGUGAAUAGUGUCUUAACAUUGCCAUUAGGGGAUUCCUUAGAAGAACGUGGUAGUGUGCGUGGAUAUACAUGGAGUGGAACUGUGCCAUUUCAUUUACGGCCUUUUCUUUGGCGAUUACUCUGUGGACACAUGCCCGCCGCCCCGGCUUCGCUCUCACGUCAACAGGCGGAGUUGCGACGUAAACGAGAGGAAUAUGAUAACUUUGUAGCUAAAUACUAUAAAAUUAGCAUUACGGACUUUUUGCAGCCAAGUACACUACAAGGAAGAGGAGGAAGAGAAGGUCUUUCUCGAUUUCAAGAAAGAGGACAAGAGACAUUGAUUUCAAAACAACCUAAUAUUACUAGUACAGUUAGUAAUAGUAAUAAUACUGGUAAUAUGAGUAGUAGUAGUGGUAGUUCAGCAGCAGAGGAAUCCUCCAUAAUGGCAAGAAGGAAAAAAAUGAUGAUGAUGAUGAUAACACCAGAUGAACAGGCUAUUCUCUCACAAAUUGCAUUAGAUCUUCCGCGUCACUCACAUGCUUUAUUUCACCAUACAGAGACGGCCUCAGCACUUGCACGUUGUUUAUUUCUUUGGUCACGACGGUACCCUGCGGUUGGAUAUGUACAGGGUAUUGAUGAUAUUAUGGUUGUUUUCUUCUUUGUCUUUCUUAGUGGAGCCAUUAAUGAACGAAAUAUUCAAAUUAGGCGAAACGAGCGGGAUAAUAAUAAUAAUAAUAAUAAUAAUAAUAAUAACAACAACAAUAACACCAAUGAUAAUGCAGCAGAUAAAAACACUAGUAGUGGUAGUAGUAGUAGUAGUAGUAGUAGUAGUACCACGAAAGAGAAUACCAAUAGUAACACCAUUAUGAAUAAGGGGAUAGAAAAUCGAUGGAUAUCCGCAAAUGUAGUUUUCACACGAGAUGUGAAGGAAUUAGAUGCUGCUUUACAUCAUCUUCCAGAGGAGUUAUUUCGUGCAGCUGAGGCGGAUACUUACUUUUGCGGAGGCUUUUUUCUAUCAUGGCUACAAGAUAAUUUUAUUCAAGGACAAUCUGGUAUUCUUCGUAGUAUGGCAUUAGUAGAAAAGGUAUUGGAAAAGUCUGAUUCUGAUAUCUUGGAUUCUAUCUUCUCUCAUGGUAUUACGUUAGUGGAUUGCUGUUUUCAAUGGGUUCAUUGUCUCCUCGCUCGGGAACUUCCACUGGAAAUAAUUGUUCUCUUGUGGGAAAAGUAUUUGGCAAUGGGGAAUAGUGAGACCGUUAUGGACUUUCACGCCUACAUCUGUGUAGCCCUAUUAAUACAAUUACGAGAUAAACUAUUGGGAAAACCAGUAGAUGUGGUGAUUCAGUUGUUAAAGGAUCCAUUAGGUGUACGGAUCAAACCGGAAGAAAAACGAUUAGGUGGAAAUGAUGGUGUUUAUGAUCGUCGUUGGCUGGAGGAACUCGUCACAGUGGCAUCACGACUCUUUCGAGAAUACCCUGUCUCUUCACUGGCGUGA